AUGUCGGAUUCGAAAGUGCUUGAAGGAAAAGUGAACGUUAAAGUAGAAAGGGAUAACAGCGAACAAGAAGGUAGUUCGCCUACAAUCGUCAUGUCAAAACCGAUGUUUGGACAUCUGGAACCUUUUGUGGUAGGUGAAAAAUUCGAUGAGUAUGUCAGCUGUCUCGAACAGUUUUUCCUAGUCAAUGAUGUACCAGCGGCAAAAAAAGUUCCCACACUAGUGACUAUGGCUGGUCCUAGUCUGUAUUCAAUCGCCGCAAGAAUUUGUUCGCCAGAUGACCCGUGCACGAAACCGUAUAAUGAACUGAUUCAACUCUUGACAACACAUUUGGCUCCAACCGUCAACGUUGUGGCUGAACGGUAUAAGUUUCGGAAAUGUGAGCAAUCAUCAGGACAGUCUAUUUCGGAUUUCAUCAUCACGCUGAAAGCUCAAUCACAUUCAUGCAGUUUUGCCGCAUUUCUGCAAGAGGCCUUGCGGGAUCAGUUUGUUGCCGGAGUCCAGAACUCAAACCUGCGGACAAAACUGCUCACAGAAGUCGAUCUCACGUUCGAGAAAGCAUGCAACAUUGCCCGCAGUUGGGAAGCUGUCGAACACGAGUCAAAAGUAAUGCAAGGUACGUCAAAGCUUGCUAUGCUGCACCGGAAACCACAAAAGAAGCCGCAGAAACCAUUCCGGAUACAGGAGAAGCCGAAACAACAGUCGAAACCAACUAUGAAAAAUGAGGUUAAGAACACGUGUUUCCGUUGUGGAAGAUCACACAAUCCAGAAUCGUGUCCGGCUAAGCAGUGGACUUGCUACGCAUGUGGCAAAGCAGGCCACGUGUCAACCAUGUGUCGUUCAACGAAGGAACAGAAAGCAACUAGUCAGAAUCGUGUAGCAGAGAUGUCGGAGGCAGCGGAAAAUUGCAAGUUAAAUUUAAUGUCGGAAAUCGUCGAGUCGGUAAGGGAACCUGAAACCAGCCUUGCAACUCCGGAAAUUCUGAGGGAUAGCUCGAGGAACGGAGUGCACCAAUUGGAUGUGCCAGCCCACCUGCAGUUAGAAAUCGAAGGAACAGUGGUGAAAUUUGAGGUGGACACUGGAGCGUGUGAUACGGUAAUAUCCAGGGAUACUUAUAGCGAAAAGUUAAGUCAUGUGAAGUUGCAGCAAUCUUGCAAGUGUUUUCAAACGGUGACUGGUCAAAACAUUCGUCCGGAAGGUGAAAUUAAAGUACAGGUUAAGGCUAGAAAUGGUGAAAUGGUUUCACUACCGAUUUUCGUAAUUCAACCGGAAGAGGGCAGAACCAUCACACCUCUGCUUGGUCGCUCUGGUCUGGAUGUCCUUAUCCCGGAAUGUAGAAAAAUGGUAAGUCUAGAUUUUUCAUCCAUCAGCACGAUUCAGCCAAGUCUUCAGUCGGAACUUCAGAAAAAAUUUCCUUUUGUCUUUUCUGGAGAUCUCAAUCAAACCAUUGAAGGGUUUACUGUCGAUAUUGUUUUGAAACCAAAUGCAAUGCCAAUUUUCCACAAACCGUAUACUAUUCCAUUUCGUUUUCGGGAAAAUGUCGAUCAAGAGCUUGAUCGAAUGAUUAAAAGUGAAAUUUUAGUUCCCGUCCGUUCAUCGUCUUGGGCAAGUCCUAUAGUUGUUACUCCCAAAAAGGAUGGUUCUGUUCGAAUAUGCCUUGAUGGCAAGGCUACAUUAAAUCGAUACCUAUCAUCUGAGCAUUACCCACUUCCUCUGAUAGAUGAUCUUCUAGCCAGUCUGGCAGACUUUAAGGUAUUUUGCAAGAUAGAUCUCACCGGGGCGUAUUUGCAGGUUAAACUAUCGGAACUUUCACAGGAACUUUGUACGGUGAACACUCAUCGAGGAUUGUUCAGGUACACCCGAAUGCCUUUCGGUAUAAGUUCCGCACCUUCAUUGUUUCAGUCCAUAAUUGAUCAAAUCCUGGUUGGAACGGGAGCCGUGCCUUAUUUAGAUGAUAUUGUGGUAGGAGGUAGAACUCCACAAGAAUGCAAAAAGAGACUUUUUGACGUUUUAGAGCGAUUAAACCGCUACAAAGUGCAAAUAAAUAUGGAAAAAUCUAGAUUUUUUGAAGACGAGAUCGAGCAUCUUGGCUUCCUGUUAACCACUGAUGGAAUCAGUCCAAGUCCGUCUAAAGUAGAAGCAGUUCUAAAUGCCCCAGCUCCUCGAGAUGUAAGUCAGUUACAAUCUUUUCUAGGACUUUUAAAUUAUUACCACCGCUUUUUACCGAAUUUAUCUACCGAGCUUCGUCCAAUAUACGAUUUAUUGAAAAAAGAUAGAAAAUUUGAGUGGUCAUCUUUGUGUCAGAAGGCUUUUGAAAAGUGCAAAAGACUUUUGGUUAAUAAUGAUGUGUUAGAGCCAUUUGAUCCAAAGAAGCCUCUUAUUCUAACGACCGAUGCCAGUCCUUAUGGUGUUGGCGCAAUAUUGUCUCACCAGGUAAAUCAAAUUGAAAAACCUGUGUGUUUCGCUUCAUCGACACUAGGUCCCGCCCAAAUGAAUUACGGACAAAUUCACAAGGAAGCGCUAGCCGUCAUUUUCGGUGUCAGCAAGUUUCACAAGUUUUUAUAUGGUACCGAAUUCACUCUUGUCACCGAUAGUACCGCGUUGAAGCAAAUUUUCAAUCCACAAAAAGGAGCAUCGUCCGUUGCUAUAUCACGCUUGCAUCGUUGGUCAGUAAUACUGUCAAACUAUAACUAUCACGUGGUCCAUCGGCCGGGUAAGUGUAUUGGUAACGCAGAUGCCCUAUCGCGUUUGCCGCUACCCGUACACAACCGAAUCGAGCACAUGGCUUUGCGGGAAGAUUGCGUUCAAAACUUUGUCGCGUUAGAAUCGAUCCGGGAAGCACUUCAGCGAGACGCAAUUUUAAAAAAAGUGGUCAGUUGUGUGAAACAGGGCUGGUCGCACAUGGUCGAUGAUCAGUUGAUUCCGUAUGCAAAGGUAUGUUCUCAUCUAGAAGUCGAAGAUGGGUGCUUAUAUUUUGAUGACCGCGUGGUCAUUCCAAAGAGCUUACAAACUAGCAUUCUGGAAAAACUUCAUGACAACCAUGAAGGAAUAGUUCGAAUGAAAAUGGUUGGUAGAAGCUAUUUUUGGUGGAAGGGAUUCGAUGAAGAUGCUAAACAAUUUGUGAAGUCGUGUGACGUUUGUCAAAAAACUCAGAGAGUCCCCAGAGAAGUUGUAAAAUCAAAAUGGUCUCCAACCAAACAUCCCUUUGAAAGAAUCCACUUAGAUUUGUUUCACUUUGAAAGUCAAUCUUUUCUUAUACUAGUUGAUUCCUUUUCUAAAUUUAUCGAUGUCAAGAUUCUUCGAGGAACGGAUGGUAAUAGCGUCCUCGAGAAAUUAGAAGAAAUUUACAGUUAUUUUGGCUUACCGGAAGAAGUUUGUUCGGAUAAUGGCCCACCUUUUAACUCGUCCAUGUUCAUACACGCCUGUCAACAGAACAAUAUUAAUGUCCUUAAAUCUCCACCGUAUCAUCCGCAGUCCAACGGAUUGGCUGAAAGGGGGGUACAGACGAUAAAGACAAUGCUGAAGAAGUGUUUGUUGGACGACAAAUUUAUACAAAUGCCAAUUCAAAGGAGACUUAAUCGAAUUCUUUUUAAUUACCGUAAUACGCCGUCUACUGCAACCAGUAGCACACCGUCGUGCUUAAUGUUUUCGUAUGUUCCCCGAACGCUGAUUAAUGUUAGUAACCCAGUCAAGUUGAAAAUUGAAAAUGAACAUAAGAAUUCGGUUAAGAAACCUAUGAAAACCUUCGAAUCAUUCCCAGGAAACCAUCAGUAUGGAGCGAACAAAUACUCGAGAGGUGACAAGAUCUUGUACCGAAAUCAUCUUGAUGAUUCUGUUCGAAGGAUUCCUGCGUUAGCUCUUGAAAAAGUUAGUCCUUAUACAUAUCUAAUCAACUUGGAAGGAAACGUGCGUUUGGUUCAUGAGAAUCAGAUUCGCACAUCUGAUUUAUCUGAUAAGUUCCAUCCUUCCUUGCCUAUCCUUUGCCCCAAACCAGGUCCGGAGUGCCAAGCAUCCGAGGAACCCGCCCCUGGACCUUCGAAGGAAGGACAGCAACUGCAACAGCCGGUUACUAAAAAGAAAAGCCAGAAAAAGAAAAAAUCUGAAAAAAAGCGAAAUCGAAGCGAUUCCAUUUCACCGAAACUUCGUAGAUCAAAACGCCUUAAAGAUCAAGCUUCGCGACGAUAG